CGGAAAUGCUGCAGCCCGGCCGGGGCCUGCUCUGGCUUGGCCUAUUCCUCGGUUCCGUCCGCACCUCCUUCGAGUCUGCAGCGGCGCCAGAUCCUCUGAAUGUCCUUCUAAUCCUCGUGGAUGACCUGCGUCCCUCCCUGGGCUGUUAUGGGGACAAACUCAUCAGGUCCCCAAACAUUGACCAACUGGCAUCCCACAGCCUCCUAUUCCAGAAUGCCUUUGCUCAGCAAGCAGUGUGCGCCCCAAGCCGGGUGUCCUUCCUCACCGGGAGGAGACCAGACACCACUCGCCUGUAUGACUUCAACUCCUACUGGAGGGUGCAUGCUGGAAACUUCUCCACCAUCCCCCAGUACUUCAAGGAGAAUGGCUACGUGACCAUGUCGGUUGGAAAAGUCUUUCACCCUGGAGUAUCUUCCAAUCAUAGUGAUGAUUCUCCAUAUAGCUGGUCUAUUCCACCUUAUCAUCCCUCCUCUGAAAAGUAUGAAAACACCAAGACAUGUAGGGGGCCAGACGGAGAACUCCAUGCCAACCUGCUUUGCCCUGUGGAUGUGGCAGAUGUGCCUGAGGGCACCUUGCCUGACAAACAGAGCACUGAGCAAGCCAUACGAUUGUUGGAAAAGAUAAAAACAUCGACCAGUCCUUUCUUCCUGGCUGUUGGGUAUCAUAAGCCACAUAUCCCCUUCAGAUACCCCAAGGAAUUUCAGAAGUUGUAUCCUUUGGAGAACAUCACCCUGGCUCCUAAUCCUCAGGUCCCUGCUGGCCUCCCUCCUGUGGCCUAUAACCCUUGGAUGGACAUCAGGCAGCGGGAGGACGUCCAAGUGUUAAACCUCAGUGUGCCUUAUGGCCCAAUUCCUGUGGAAUUUCAGCGGAAAAUCCGCCAGAGCUACUUUGCCUCUGUUUCAUAUUUGGAUACGCAGGUUGGCCGCCUUUUGAGUGCUUUGGAUGAUCUUCAGUUGGCCAACAGCACGAUCAUUGCGUUUACCUCGGAUCAUGGGUGGGCCCUAGGUGAACAUGGAGAAUGGGCCAAAUACAGCAAUUUUGACGUUACUACUCGCGUGCCCCUGAUGUUCUAUGUUCCCGGAAGAACAGUUCCGCUUCUGGAAGCAGGCGAGAAGCUUUUCCCUUACAUCGACCCUUUUGAUUCCAUCUCGGAAUUGAUGGAGCCAGGCCGGCAAACCUUGGACCUUGUGGAGCUUCUUUCUCUCUUCCCCACGCUCGCGGGACUUGCAGGACUGCACGUUCCACCUCGCUGCCCUAUUCCCUCAUUUCACGUUGAGCUGUGCCGAGAAGGCCAGAACCUUCUGAAGUAUUUUCGAUUCCGUGACUUGGAAGAGGACCCAUACCUUCGUGAUAAUCCCCGUGAGUUGAUUGCCUAUAGCCAGUAUCCCCGGCCUGCAGACUCUCCUCAGUGGAAUUCUGACAAGCCGAGUUUAAAAGAUAUAACGGUCAUGGGCUAUUCCAUACGCACGAUAGAUUAUAGGUAUACUGUGUGGGUUGGCUUCAAUCCCAGUGAAUUUCUGGCUAACUUUUCUGACAUCCAUGCAGGGGAACUAUAUUUUGUAGAUUCUGACCCUUUGCAGGAUCACAACAUGUAUAAUGACACCCAAGGUAGAGACCUUUCCCGAUUUGAUGCCAUGAGUUUUGCCAACCACAGAGGGCAUAUAUGAUGUGCUCCGUUUCAGCUGGUCAGAGGAGUUAGAGCUAGUUAUUUUGUGAUUACCCAUAAUAUGGGAAGCAACAUGAAGGGUAGGCAAUCAAAACAUGCAUCAGCAAUUUGGCCUGAGAGUAUGUAGCAGCCAAACCUUUUGAUUUCAUCUUUAUUGAUUUCUAAUUGGUGAUUGGACUGGGGCUUGGCUGAACCUUUCUUUCCCUUUUUUUAUAAACAGUCAUAGAAUGAAUAAGUCAUUGAAUGAAUAAGUACAAAGUUAGCAAACUAAAAUUGUCAUAACCGAACAUAAUACUAUAGUCAAGAAAUACUUUAUUUGUGAAAUUUAGUGCAUUUCAAAAAGUAAGCAUGUAUCAAGUUAGGUUCAACACUAAGUUCCUGGUUCUUUUGUCUAUAACUUAAUAAUAUAUCUUAUUUAGCCCAAUAUGUUCAAAAUAUUAUGUCAACAUGUAAUCUAGGUUUCUUUUUAAAAUGUAAAGUUAAAUAAUAAUGUUAGAUGCCAAGGCCUUAAAGUCUAUCUUCAAUUUUUCUUUCUAAGAUCACGAAUGUUCAAAUACAAAGAUAAAAUAUGCACGAAGUGAUUAAUAUGGAAUUUCUACAUCAAAUAAUAAACAGUGCUCAGUAAGCCAGAGACAUGAGAUGUAUGGGAAAUUCAGUUAAAAUUUUUCAGAGACUUUCUGGCCCAAAUAAUAAUUUGUUAGCAAAUAAUUUGACCCUUGAACCCAAAGGCCGUCUAUUAAAAGGCACUGUUACGCAUAAUGGAAAACAUUUAAAGGCCUAACUGUACCCAUGAAUUGAGUCACUCAGAACCAUACUAGUCUUUUCCUUCUUUAGGGAUGGUUGGUUGCAGACAUCCAUUUAUCCAGGAGGCAGGAAAUAUUCUACUCUUAAUUGCUGAUUAAAGACCACAUUAAUUUUAUUAAAUUCUAAAUUAUUUUGAGAAUUGUGAAAACUUUUCAUUAGUAUAAUGUUAGGUAAUUUCAAAUCCCCAGAAUAUAGUUCUAUGUUUCCUAAAUAUGAAAGUAACCAGAAAGGCAAAGUGGUCAUAAUAAGCUUAGCCUAUGUCAUUUUAAAAAGGAUAGAAUAUUCACAACUCAUAUUUACAACAUGUUGAAGCCGAUCAAUUAUCAGUAGUCAUCAGAAGAGUCAAGCACUUUCUAAAUAAACAUCUAAUGUAGUCCUAUAUCACAGUGAGUAACUUUUAGUAAUUCUUUCAAGUGCUGCUUCAGUAGUUAAAGGUAAAUGUGAAACAAAAUAUAGCAAAUUAGAUUAAGUUACUGCAAAAUAUUGUAACCAAAAAGGCAAGGUAUUAUAUUAAAAGAUUACUUCAAAUCAGUAAAAUUUCAAA